AUGUUCGCGCACACCGUGCUCGUGGCUGCACUCCUCCCGCUGACGCUUGCGUCGCCGCUCGCUACGCGCAACAUGCAUGUCCUCGCCCGCAGGUCGGGGCCCCCGGCGGGCUUCUCCGUGGCAGGUGCCGCCUCACCUGACGCCGUGCUCAACCUCCGCGUUGCACUCACCCAGAGCAACCCGGCUGGCCUGGAAGAUGCAUUAUACGACGUCAGCACGCCCUCGAGCGCGAAUUAUGGCAACCACCUGACCAAGGAGGAGGCUGCUGCAUUCGUCGCACCCACCCAAGAGGCGACCGCCGCUGUCACCAGCUGGCUAAACAACAACGGGGUGAACUACACAACACUUACCCCGGCCGGUGACUGGCUCAGCCUGACCGUGCCUGUCAGCCAAGCCAACGAGCUAUUUGGUGCACAGUUCAACGUCUACACUCACGAAACCACCGGGCAGCAGGCCGUCCGCACUAUGUCGUACGCCGUCCCACAGACCCUCGCGGCGCACCUCACUGUUGUCUACCCGACCACCACGAAGGGCAAGGCUGGCGGUAAAGCGGGCGGCAAGGCGAACUCCACGUCGUCCGCAUCGGGCGUUGCGGCAUCGUGCGCGAAUACGGUUACGCCUGCCUGCCUUCAGAGCCUCUACGGCAUCCCGACCACUCCAGCCACGCAGUCGUCCAACCAGUUGGGCGUCAGCGGUUUCAUUGACCAGUUUGCGAAUCAGGCGGACUUGAAAACAUUCCUGACGGCACUGCGCCCGGAUCUCUCUUCAUCGACUACCUUCUCCGUGCAGACCCUUGAUGGCGGAGAGAACUCACAGACAGCCCAAGACGCUGGCACGGAGGCUAACCUGGACACUCAGUAUACCGUUGGGCUUGCCACAGGCGUGCCCACGACGUUCAUCUCUGUCGGCGAGAAGAAUCAGGACGGCGAUCUGGGAGGCUUCCUCGAUAUCAUGAACUUCCUUCUGAACGAGAAUGACCCGCCAGCUGUCCUCACAACGAGCUACGGCGAUAACGAAGAUGCCAUCCCUGUCGGCAUGGCAGAUAACUUGUGCAAUGCAGUCGCACAGCUCGGAGCGCGGGGCGUGUCAGUCCUCUUUGCGUCGGGCGACGGUGGCGUCUCGGGCUCUCAAGCUGCCCAAUGUACUGACUUUGUGCCCACGUUCCCGUCCGGCUGCCCCUACCUGACGUCCGUCGGCGCUACGACGGGCAACUCGCCCGAAACCGCUGCAUCCUUCUCCGCGGGCGGCUUCUCGAACUACUUCGGCACGCCGUCUUACCAAGCGACCGCAGUCUCCACAUACCUCAAGACGCUUGGAAACACUAAUGCGGGCCUGUUUAACGCAAGCGGGCGCGGGUAUCCUGACGUCAGUACCCAGGGGGUGAACUUCGAGAUCGUUGUCGACGGGAGUGCGGGGACGGUCGACGGCACGAGCUGCGCGAGCCCGACGUUUGCGAGCGUAAUCGCGCUUUUGAACGACCAGCUCGUCGCUGCGGGGAAGAGCACGCUCGGGUUCUUGAACCCCUGGCUAUACAGCACCGCGGCGAGCGCGCUGACCGAUAUCACGAGCGGAGACAACCCGGGAUGCAACACGAACGGUUUCCCUGCAGUCACUGGAUGGGAUGCGGUCACCGGUCUCGGGACGCCAAAUUUCGCGAAGCUGCAGGCCGCUGCUGGGCUUUGA